CUCGGGGUACUCAUCACAGCUCGCGGGGAUGCUUGCUUGAGCCUUGCUUGAGCUCUGACGCACAGUCUCUAGGCACAUGCUACGAGCACGUAGCACCUUUCCGCGCAUUGAAGAGUCCGCGCAGGCAUGGUAGAUGCGUUCUUUCAAAACAACUUGUUUUGAAGACGCCAUUAUCCGAGCAUUUGGAGUGGCGCCCCAGCGUGAAAGCACGAAACACCCAGUUACCAUGCAUAUCCCCAGUAUGAGCAGCUCCGACGAGCCGAGUAGAACAGCUUCGUGCUCCCGCUAUGCAGCUCGCACGGCGGAACCAGGAAACUCAUCUAGUACACCUCGACCUCACACCUUACCUUCGAAUCCGCUUCGGCCUCGAACCAGGGCAAUCUACGGUUCAGGGCCUCGAAUCUUAUCACGGCCUCCUUACUGCUUCUAUACUACUGACCGUUCAUCUAGCUGCUUUUUUUGUCGACCCAUAUCUGACCGUUCAUCUAGCUGCUCUUGCUUACCCCAAGUGUUUCUUUUCCUCAGCCUCCUCCUCCUCCUCUGCACUCCCAACGCAUCCGCCGCCUCAUCCGAUGCGGAAACGAAGGUUUCUCGUCUCUCCUCGAGUCGCCGUCGUCUGGCAGAUUUAAACCGCGAGUGGAUCUCGCGCGUGUACGUCAAGGGCGUGUCGACGCGCUUCGUCGAGGAGCGCGCCGACUGGGAGUUUCUGGUCGGCAAGCGGACCAGUCAGAACCACCGGGUGACGUGGCCCGAGAGCUUAAUCGGAGCCACGUGGCGAAACGCGAAAGUGAAGCUCCAUAACAUCAGCCUUAAGGACACGCCCGCAUGUCACGGGAUCCUCCCUCCUAAAGCCUACACCUCGCGGGUUUCGCUCGGCCGCCCCGCCCUUCCCGAAGAGCUUCUCAACCUGCACCGCCGAUGGUUGCAGCGUCGGGAGCCACAGGGUCGUUCGGAUGAAGAACGAGUGGGUCGUUGGGAUGAAGAACGAGUGGGUCGUGCGGCCCCUCCCUCCUCCCCUUUCCCCUCCUCGCCUCCCUCUCCGCUCUCCACUCCCUCCUCCCUCUCGUAUUCCCUCUCCCCCGCCUCCUCUCCCCCCGGUCCCACCGACCGUUGGUUGAUAUGGGUGCCGCGAGCGGGUCUAGGCAACAUGCUCCGCGCGCUAUCUUCCUCUUUCAUCUAUGCGCUCCUCUCGGGCCGCCGCCUUUUGCGCUGGCAUGGCGGGCAGUACGGCGACGCGAUGAACAGCCUCUGCGCGGGAUUUAAUUGCGGGUUCGACGAAAUUAGGUUUUCGAAUCGGAAUCUGCCGAAUUACGCUGAGCCGUUGGAUCGGCUGGUAUCGGACGGCGAGGAGAUGCGGAGAUCGCUCGCGGAUCCGCGCCCGCUCGUUAUAGUCACGAUGUCGAGCUCGUUUGAUAAGUACUGGAAGGAGGAUAAGGAAUUAACGCGGUGCGUGAUGGGCGCGUUAGGGUGCGGUUCGGAGUGGUGCGUUUGGUCUAGAGCGAUGGAGGUUUUAUUAGGGAAGGGACCGACGAAGGCUUUAGGCGAAGAGAUUGAGAAGGAUGUGAGGAUAUUUCCGCACGUGAAGUCUGCUUCGGCUUUUAACGAGAAGGCUUCUAACGAAGCAGACGGAGCGGCGGGAGAAAGAGCGGAAGCUCUGGAAAGCGGGGGUUUGCGGAGUGAGGGAAACGGGGUGCGGGGAAGCGGAGGUUUGCGGAGCAGAGUGCGGGCGGAGAUUGCGGGGGACGGGGGUGUGCAGGUGGCGCGGAGGUUGAGCGGAAGGACGUUGCGAGCAGGAGAAGGCGGGGAGGGGCGCGAAGGGGGUUCUGGUGGUAACCCGCUGGCGAAAGGGACGGGGCUUCGCCUGCAAUUUGAUGUUUCGCUGCACAUCCGAACUGGCGACUGGAGCUUUGGUCUGCCCCAUUGUGGAGAUUCCGAUGCUGCUUGCCUGCUAGAACGCAGCCACGUGGCACAUGACGUGGCAUCCCUCUUCCUCCAGGCGUCCCAUUGGCUCUGCCUCUCCUCCCUGCUCCAGCUGUUCCGGUUCCGAAAGUGGGCGGCAGAGAUGGGGGCGGCAGACAGGCAGGCGGCAGACGUGCUGGCGGCAGACGCGCGGGCAGCAGAUGUGCGGGCGGCGAAGCGGGUGGACAGGCAGUGGGCUUUACUGGCGGCGAACGAGGAGUGGGCGGCAAAGACAGAGGCGUCGCUGUCGCUGGGGACACGAGUAGCCAAGCAGGUGCUGAGGAGAAACAGGACUGCCGCUGAGGAGAGCUGGACCCUGGAAGACUCACUUGCAAUGGCACAUGGCUUGGUGCCCGUCCCAGGCCGCUCGCCCAGACCAACGCCAAUGUACCGCAUUCCCCUGCUCUCCCCUCUCAACGUUUUCCUAUCCACUGAUAACGAAUAUCUCCGGCCUCUUUUUGUGGAGCUUCUACGGCCAUUUGGGAGUGUUUUCGUUUCCGUGGGUCAAACUGCGCAUUUAUCAACUUCUACACAGCCGGGACCAAAGCUGCCUACUGUAGCGGAUUUCUUCCUAUUAAGCAGAGGGGCUGUGCUUGUAGGGGGUACGCACACUCUGAGCACCUUCGCCAAAUUCGCUGGGAUAUACUCCAACUGCUCGGUGGUGUUUGACCACUCCCCGUUGCAUAGAUGCCACUAUGCUGCAGUACACUUGUAAAUAAAGGAUUAAUGGUACCGUACAUGACAUGGAGAAUGUCUGGGUGUUUUGAUGGUUCAUCACCCACUUGUCAAUAAAAGUGAAGAGUUGGU